AUGGGAGAGAAUUCCUCGACAAUUUCUGAAAGCUUUCUUGGAUCAUACAGAGACCUAACGAUCAUUGGAGGAGAGACGGAGAAAAAAAGACAUUUCCGAAGUUCAAAAUACGCUGAAAUAUCGAAAGUAAACGACCAUGAAAAAUAUAUUGCUGACUUGACAAACAGAGUUGAGUCGCAAGAAAUAACAAUCAAUCAGUUGGAGCAAAAAAUAAACGAUGCGGAAUUGUCUGUUGAAGAUAUGCGUUUGAGAUCUCCAGCUCCGAAUCAGCCCGUGCCUCCGCGGACUUACAGCGAAUCUUCCGUUACAUCUACUCGAUCGGAGAGCACAAACGAAGAGCUCCUGAGAGAACAUUCUUUGAAGCUUCAAGUCAAAACACAAACAAUGCGCGAAAUUGGCGGAGCCGGUCAUUACUCUGGUGAUGAUCGCGAUCUCGGAAACGGCGGGCGUAGAAAUGACAUGAGCGACGAGGGAAUAAAGAAAAUUUUCGAGAUUAUGUCGCUUGGUCAGACUGAGGUCAAUUUCAAGACAUAUUGGAACAAAAACUACAACGUCUCAGCUUUUGGCUACACCUUAAAAAUCAACUCUUACUGGGAAGGUGUUGAUGGAGAUUGCGAAUUCUACCACUUCUGGCUCAAGCACCAAGUAAUGCCCAUAAGAUUCAAAGUCACUGCAGAACAAAUCCACGAAGCCACCGGAAGAGUUUACGACAAGCAGGAGCUUGAAAGCGCCAUCGACGGAAAAUGCCAUAAAGUCCAGCUAAAAGAAGUCCGCGGCCAUUUCGUCCGAUGGAAUGUUACUCUUCUUCCUUUAUAUUCUUAA